AUGUCCGUCUUAUCUCUGCUGCUCGCCUCGGCUCUGCUCUCCGUGACCACGGAGCUGGGAGAAGGAGCUGGUGCCCAGGAGGACAGGGCCGUGUGUGCGGGGAUGAGCGGGAUCCCGGGGACCCCAGGGCAGCACGGGGCCCCUGGGAGGGACGGCAGGGAUGGGAAAGACGGUGUGAUGGGAACACCUGGAGCUAAGGGAGACCGCGGGGCUUCAGGAGACAAAGGCGUGAAAGGGGAGCCAGGUCUCCCGGGAAAGCUGGGCCCUCUUGGCCAAUCAGGGCCAAUGGGGCCUCCAGGAAUCCCAGGUGAGAAGGGUGGCAGAGGCGAUAAAAGCGAGAAUGGCGUGGGGCCCAGGUCGGCCUUCUCGGCAAAGGUGGCACUUUACAAACCGGCAAUCGGAUGCCCCAUGAAGUUUGACGUCAUCAUCAUCAACUCACAGGGGCACUACAACCCCAUCACAGGGAAGUUUACUUGUGCAUCCCCCGGCACCUACUACUUCACCUUGUUUAUGCACUCAAGUGCUAGUGGCCCUCUCGUGGUUAUGAUAAUGAAAAAUGGGCAAUUGAUAUCCAAUGUAUGUGGCCGCCCAGACGAGGAAAUUAGCGGUAGCGUCGUGCUGAGCCUCGAGACGGAAGAUCAGGUAUGGCUCGAGAUGAAAGCUCCGUACAUCAAUUUGGUAAUUGACGAAAGCAGGGACGCGCUGUUUAGGGAGAACCUCAGAGAAAAUUUGGAAGGACCUCGAAGCAAAAUCGGAGGCCAAAUGUGCAAAAUGUCCGUCUUAUCUCUGGUGUUGGUCUUGGCUCUGCUCUCCGUGACCACGGAGCUGGGCGAAGGAGCUGGCGCCCAGGAGGAUAGAGCCAUGUGUGCGGGGAUGAGCGGGAUCCCGGGGACCCCAGGGCAGCACGGGGCCCCUGGGAGGGACGGCAGGGACGGGAAAGACGGUGUGAUGGGAGCACCUGGAGCUAAGGGAGACAGCGGCACUUCAGGAGACAAAGGCAUGAAUGGGGAGCCAAGUGUCCCGGGAAAGCUGGGCCCUCUUGGCCAAUCAGGGCCCAUGGGGCCUCCAGGAAUCCCAGGUGAGAAGGGCGAACGAGGCGGCAAAAGCGAGAAUGGUGUUGGGCCCAGGUCGGCCUUCUCGGCAAAGAUGGCGCUUUCCACACAGGCAACCGGAUGCCCCAUGAAGUUUGACAUCAUCAUCACCAACCCACAGGGGCACUACAACCCCAUCACAGGAAAGUUUACUUGUGCAUCCCCCGGCACCUACUACUUCACCUUCUUUAUGCACUCAAGUGCUAGUGGCCAUCUCGUGGUUAUGAUAAUGAAAAAUGGGCAAUUGAUAUCCAAUGUGUGUGGCCGCCCAGACGAGGAAAUUAGCGGUAGCGUCGUGCUGAGCCUCGAGACGGGAGAUCAGGUAUGGCUCGAGAUGAAAGCUCCGUACAUCAAUUUAUUCAAUGACAAGAACAGGGACGCGCUGUUCAGCGGCUUUCUCCUGUUCCCUAACUGAAUUGACUGCUAUUGUCAAGGAAGACAGAGUGAACACAUGCACACACUCAUAAACAUAUUCACACGUGCAUGCAUGCAUACAAGACAAAAAUAGGCGCCCCCUAUUGUCUUUAACAUACUUAAGUUGAAGAUGAUGUUGGGGUCCAGAAUAUAUGUGGACAUGUUUCUGGGCAUCAAAGAUUAGAUUAUCAUGGUGCUAGAAGUUUUUUUUUUAUUAUUAAAGAGUGGUGUCUGAUCUUGGGGCAGCAACCCGCAACCACCACCCAUAUCUUACUGUGCUGAAUGGCUUUCCGGACCUCUGAGCAAAAGCUUUGGUAAGCCUCCUCAUUCUCGGGCAUAGAAUGUUGCAAUCAGAGAGAAUAGAUCUACCACUAUAUUUCAGCUAGCUGGAAUGCCUCCUCCUUCAGGAAUUGUGUGGAGGUCUGGAUUGGCUACCCAAUGCUGCCAAUGCAGCAGCACGAACCACAGUCUUGCAAAAGAGGGGAAGCUUCAAUUUACAGCUACAAGUGAUGGUCAAAUUAUUGCUUUUACUUUCAACAUAUAAAUGGGGUCAUUUGUGGAUGCUCGCUUCCACAUUGGAAGAAUG